AUGUGCAAUUUGCUACUUGGGGACUGUGGAUUCCAAACCCUCUUCAGAGCAGAAGGGUGGCUGGCCCUGGAGGUUCUGUAUCCCAGUGCCUACAUCCAAAGUUCCUGGUCACAUGGCCUUGUGUUCACUCUGAAGAAAGCUUGGCUGGGUAGCCUCCUAUUCCUUGCCACCCUGGUCGUAGCAUGCAAAGCACAAUGCACUAUAGAAAAGCUUCAGAGACUUCCAAACCAAACAUCUGAUGAAUGCAUUGAUGCUGAUGGUGACAAGCAUUUCCUCAACACUACCUGGAAGAAGAAGUGUGCAAGGUGUUCCUGUGACAAAAACUCAAUCAGCUGCUGUAGCAUCAUUGCUAGGCCUGUGGGCUAUGACAAAGAAAAGUGUGAGAAACAUUUCUACCCAGAGAACUGCACCUAUAGAGUGGUGGAACAGAAGAACCCAGGAAAGACCUGUCGAGUCAAUGGCUGGAUAAUGUAA